AUGGACGAGGCGAGGAUGAGCAACACGACGACUACCAGGCGGCCGCUGAAUCAGCACCGCCGGCGAACACAAGGAGUACCAUUGCGGAUGUGGGUGGGCAACUCUUCGCCGAGGCCCUUAAAAGUCGUCGUCCGGCGAUUCUCACUCCAUCCUGAAUUCUCCGAAUGCUCCUCCAGCUUCUCGCCUUCGCUUCCAUCGCCACAGGUUCUUGUUUCGGAAUUUUGACUGCUCCUUUCUGUUUUCACAACCGCAAUUCUUACCCGUCUUUUGAAGAAUUAUAAUCUACUAUCAAUGAUGGAAACGAUUACUGUAUAGUAGGAUUUUUCGAAAUCUUGAAAAGGCCAUAUUUCGGGAAUUCUCUUUUUUGUUUCAGAUUUAACUCAAGCGCGCUUGAAGAAUCUCGAAAAAUUCCAACUUUGCACUUGAAUGACUUUUUUCAUUUUGCAACAUUUUUUAUUGAUCCAUUUUUAAAGUUCAUAUGAAAUAUAAGCUAAUUUUCGCGAGAAUAAUCUGCUUAAGAUACUAAUAAAGCCCUACCGUAACCUGUGACAAGCUAGUACGGUAUAUCCAUUGUCAAGAAAAAGAUGAAUUCUAGAGAAUUUGAGCUUAUCGAAGAGUUCUAUCCUUAUGUUUUCUCUUCAGCGGCUCUCGGUCACUAUGUACCAGCGCCAUUCCUUCCCCGACCGGGAAAUCCGUCCAUCGGCGGCUACAUCGUUCCGCAGCCGAACUUCGUCCCCCAGCCUAGCUUUGUUCCUCAAGGUGGCAUCAUCAUUCCGUCUUCUCCGCCGCUUCGUCCGCCAAUCUUCCCUUUCGGACCGCGACCGCUAACUCCGCCACGCAUCUCGGUACUGUAUUUCUGGCUCCGCUUGAUUCUCGCUUCUUUCUGCAAAAAAAUUACAAAGUUGUUAGGUACUCAUUUUUCUCUGCUGAAUAAUUUAAGCUUCAGAAUUAGCAAUUUUCGCAGAUUGACGCCUUCAGGAUAUCAUUUCAGAUUAUCAACGAGUGUUUCAGCCACUUUUUUUUUAAUUUCAAAGGUUCGAGUAGAAUGACAUUCCUUGUCUGCACGAAACAGAAAGAUUACUGAAAAGGGAAAACCUUGAACAAAUAUUGCAACCCUGAAAAUAGAGUACCAGUAUUCAAAACCUUUUAUAUUCUAGAAAAAUUUAUUCCAUCAGAACUGCCGAGUGUGCAAAGUUUGCUGUGACGCAACCGUGCCUAUCUUGCGGCCACCGACUCCCGCCGUCAUUGGCGCGACCGGCUAUAACCAGCAAAUCGUGAUCCGUCAACAGCAACAGCAGCAGCGUAAUAAUUAGUUUCUUCUCAAAAAUAACAGGAAAUAGCCUUCAAACGCCUUGUAAGUUGUUUCAGCCUGCUGCCCAUGCAGCACUUCGUCCUGCGUCACUCAGACACAGAAUCGGCCUUAGUAAGUUCAAUUCAACGUUAUUUCAACCUUUGACAAGUUCAGCCUCCCACUGCCGCCCCUGCCCCCGCCUUUCUUGCCACCAGUGCCGGUGAUCAUCCCGCCACGGCCUCCAGUUAUUUCGGCCCCAUGGUACUGAUUACAAAAAGAUAGAAAUGGCAUAAAAAUGUAGAUUAAAAGCUUGACUCCCGGGUACAAAUUUGAGAAAAAAAAAAGUGGGAAACGAUCUCAUUCCCAACUCCGAAUGGUUCUUUUGAAUGUGUCACUGAAAAAGAUUGUAAUAUGAAGUUUCGAAGCGAAAGUCCUCGGCUUUUUUUUUCCAGGUGUUCCCCGUAAUUUCCGAGUUAGAUUAGUAAAGAAAAUUGCGUAGGAUGGUUUUUUUUGGUUUUCCCUUCAAAAUGAAGUACAGCGUUUCUUUUUCGAAGAUUUAAAUUACAUUUUAAGCAUCCAGUGUAACAUCUGAGUACGGAAAAAAAGAAAUUUGCCUUGUGAAGAUACUGAACUUUUGAAAACCUCGUCAUUUUCUCGUUUUCCAGCCAAUCUCCUUCGUCACCACAACCGAUUCCUGGCACUCCUUGGUGAGCUUAUCUCGAAGGAAACCAAAAAUAAACAAAAAUUUCUCUCAGCUCAACGACGACCAUCAUCCGUCCUCAGCCUGGUAGCGUCUACCGUCAGCCGCAGCUUCCAUUUCCUCAGUUGCCUUAUGUUAGCAUGCCUUCUUACCAGACACCUCCUCCGAGCUACAUCGUCCCUCCAACCACCACUCAGGGCUACCAGACUCCUCCACCAACCUAUGCGACGCCUCCACAAACUUAUGCGACGCCUCCACCAACUUAUGCGACGCUUCCACCAACUUAUGCGACGCCUCCACUAAUUUAUGCGACGCCUCCACCAACUUAUGCGACGCCUCCCCCGACUUACGCGACCCCGCCGCCUGUCAAAUAUGUUCAGCCAACCUAUGUUACCGCUACCAAUUCCUAUGUUGUGCCAACGCAGCCGCCACCAGCCUACGCCGUCGUCGACAAGUACAGAGUUGCAGGACCGUCUGUUUAUCCUCAGCCUGGUGUUCCUCAACCGAUUCCUGUCCCACAGCCGUUCCCACUUCCAGUGCCGGCUCCGCAGCCUGUACCUCAGCCACAGCCUCUUCCGUUUGUUUUUCUCAUUGAAAAUAUUUGGCUAGUUAUGUAGGACAGUCAGUCAAGUUUUUUUUUGCUAAAAAAUGACUUACUCCGAAAAAAAAAGUAGAAAAAUUUUGCCGAUUAAUUAAAAAAAAAGAGGAAAAGUAUUGGCUUCACGGCUUUUUGAUAAAAAGCUUCUAACGGUAAUUUUCUGAAAGUUUCACUUUUUGGGCUUCAGAAUUACAUGCUUCAUGACUUUUUGGGCAUCUUCAUUUAACGAAAUUCGAGUUAACGCUUAAUGUUUUUUUCUGCUCGGUCGAACAAACUUUAUCAAACAGAUACACGCCAAGACAACCCCAGCCAACGAUUCCCCCAGUCGUGCCAGGUCAACCAACUUCAUCGCAGUAAAUAUUUCCUGAACUUCUUUGAAAGAUUAGAAAAUACUUAAGGGGAUGCUGUUUCGUGACCCUACAAUCCAUUCAGGCGACAGUCAGUUGUGGCGGCCAGGGUACUCAGGUAAAACGAAUCGCAAGAAACAGCUAUUUGAGAGUAUUGAAAUUCUUUCAUGAUACUGUAAUUUCUAGUGCUGCACCAGAGGCGACUGCUCAACUCUCAGGAACAUGACCAUUAACAUUCAGUCGAGUGAGAAUAAUUCUAUUGUUCUAUUAAAUGAAUAACACAUUCAGACAUUGUGAUCCCACAGACGCGCAUGACGUGCGACGAAGCCAUCCAACGUGGAUACAUUCAGUGAGUUUGAAAUUGGUUGAAGAUUCCGAGGAACGUGUAGAAAUAGAACAGUUCUGUGAGCUGUUCAAAAUUCAGUUUUUUUUCGGAAGGUGGGAAUCUUUGACUGUAGAUUUUAGUGGUACUACUGUGAGAAUGGAACGGUUUCACCCAUUUUUUCGAGUAACUUCUUACUUCUCUUUGUUUUUCGAAAAUCCGAACGAUCGACCUUUUUUGGUCAUUCUUCAUAAUAGUAACCAACUGAUCCAUGAUUCUAGAGCGUCGGCCAUUUCGGGCUUCUGCACGACUUACCGGCCAUUCGAGCCGUCCUACAAUCCUUAUGACAGCUCUUCUACUACCACUAUUACCACUCCGAUCGUCGUCGUCGGUGACGUCACGACCGUCACUCCUUAUAAUGAUUACGUCACCAAGUGGGAUCACAGUUGUAGAGAAAGUUGAGCAAUGUAUUUCAGGCCCAACGCGGGAUCAUCACCGCAACACUUUGAACAGGUGACUGAGUUUUUUUUUUACUCUUGCAUGUUUUUUUCUCUGGAUUGACCCCGCCUUUUCGAGAUUUUGAAUUUUCUGUAAUUAUUUUGAAUCUUUCAAGUGGUCAUCUUUGGACUCUGAAGGCUAUUGAGUAGCUCUUCUAAUAUUAAAAAUUUGCAUCAGAAUAGUUUUUUUUUUCAAGUGAUCAUAUUUUUUUAUGCUAAGAGAACUUGAAUCCUCUCAAAGAAAGGAAUUAUAUACAUUUCUAAAACUCAGAGAAGGCUAAUCAGUGACGUCAUUAUUUACAUAGAAAGGAAUUAAAUACAUCCUGAAAAGCAGAAAAUUUUAUUACGGCUUUAUUCCAAAGGUCGAAUCUCCUUAUUUUUAAUUUCCUUGGUGAAGGAAAUAUGUCCUAUUUCGAAAAGCUCAUGUCCUCAAAAUUUCAAACAUAUUUUAAAAAUCAUUCUGUGAAUCACUCAAGUUGAGAACAUGAUUAAAAGUCUAGCAUAUCUAUUUUGAAAAUUGAAAAUCUGCGUCAGACUCAGACUCAUUUUCGACUCAAAUAAAAGUUAAUAGAAGUGAUGUCACCGGCACCGCUGUCAUUCUCAAUAUGACUCGAAAUGAUUAAAAAAAACAUCAUUUCAAUUUCUCUUUUCAGAACUCGGCGUCGGUGUCAGUCUUCUCAGCCUUCUUGGCCCUUGUCAUCUGCACGAUCUUCUUCUGCUGA